CAAGCACUGUUAGUAAAAGGUAUUGGAUUACUUUAUCAACCUGGUUCACGAGAGCAACAUCUCAUGGUAGCUCUUAGCCAAUCAGUUUUCCAUAUUUCUAAAGAUUCAAGCACUUCUGGGUGAAGCUGUUGUUGUGUGACACAAAUCACACGCACGACUGAGCUUUAUCAAUGUAAGAACCUGAUGAUCAGAGACUUGUUGCUAACGAUGCACUGUCAUUUCCCGAUCUAAACGAGAUGGAACAAGCUACUGACAGCUCUGCGGUGACAGAGAGCACAGUGAAUCUGACAGAAGAUGACAGUGAAGGGUCAAAUAACGGACACAGAGAACAACUCUGUGAACUUCUUCACAGUCACAAAGCUCAAUAUGCCAUCAUAGCAUUGGUUGUUAUAGAUAUGAUCAUUGUUAUUGCAGAAUUACUUCUGGACUUAAGAGCUAUUGAAGUUCACCAUGACAACCCUGCACCACAUGUCCUGCAUUACAUCAGUAUUGCCAUCCUGUCAAUCUUCAUGAUUGAGCUUGUCACAAUCACUCCAAAUAAAAAAAGAAACUUCCUGUUGUUAUUUACCUUAUUUUACAACUCCUUUAAUACUGGAAAAAGAGAAAAUAUCCAACUUGGCUUAGGAAGGAAAAGAUUAAGGCUCCUUCAUGAGCAUAUACAGGUUAUUUCUUCUUUUAGUGGAGAGGAGGGAGCUGUAGAUGGAAUAAGUCUUAUUGUUCUCCUUCGACUGUGGCGUGUCACAAGAAUUGUCAACGGAAUAGUUCUGUCAGUGAAAAUGCAAGCAGAAAGAAAGAUUCAAGUGUUGGAAAAGGAAAACACUGAGCUGAAGGAAGAAAUUGAACAGUUGAAAACCAAGUGUGUACAAUUUGAGGCUGAAUUGAAAACUUUAAGAGGAGAUGCAACCCCUGCAACUUAGUUAUUGAUAGUUGGACAGAUAAUAUUGAAAUGGGCUAACAACCUGUAAUAAGAUAAUUUUUUAGUUAGUACAUAAUCCACAAUGUAGAUGAUAGAUUCAACCCUUUGGGGGGAGACUUCCAUUUGAAUAGGUUGGGGAUGCUUGUCAGGAAAUUGGAAUUAAACCCUGAAGGGAGACCAAUCUGGGUGUGGCUCAAGCUUAAUUUGACCUCUAAAUGAUACCAGUUUAAAAUGACAGACAGCCUUUUUCAUCAUCUCUUUGAGUGCAUCCCUUAAAAAGAAGAACAUGCACACCACCCACCCCCCUCAGUUCCUAACCUUAUCAUACCCUGCUUGGAUCCCAUGUCAACCCCCCUUUCCCUAAUCCUAACCCUAGCCCCCCUAUUAUUUUUAUUUUGUACUCAUUUGAAAUCUCUGACUUGAUCUCUGAUCUCUAUUAGGCCUCACAAGCAAUCAAUACAAAUUUGCUCACUGAAAUUUGUUGGGCUAAUAAUUUUUUUGGUCCAGACUCCCCCUUCCACUUUGAUGCAAAUUAACCAAGGUUGAAAUAAUUCGGUUUUCCUUUUGCUGCAUAUGGCCCUGCUUACGGGUUUUUCUAAUUUAAAAUAUUUGUUGUCACCAGUGAAUAAUUUGCUCUCUGGGAUACUUGUAUAGAGUGCAAUUCACCAGAAUUAGAUCACUCUUAUCUCUACUUAGGUAACUAUUUAGAUCAUGUUUAAACGAUCUAAAUAUAUUGCAAUAUAUUUGUAAAAUAAGUUGGAUUCAUUAAUAAUAAUUUUACAAGGAAAUUCACAAUAUUAUAAUAAUACAUUUAUAUCUGAUAUGCAGAUAUUUCUAUGAGAUGAAGAAAGUUAUUUUUUAUAACUUGAACAGAAGAAAUUGAAGAAAUAAUUUUGUUCAAGGUAGCUUAUUGUUUCCACUAAAAUUGGUAGCAUUUUUUUAUGAUAACCACAAGCAUUGAAGAACUGAAAAAUUAGUGUUGUAUGAAUAUAUUGUCUUUAAUUACUGUCCCUGUGAAUAAGUACAUAUUUUUAGAAUUUAAAUUUGAAUUACUGUUUAACACAAUGAAAAUAAAAAACCUCAUAAAACAAGCGUUUGAA